ACAUCCAAAAAUAUUUAAAUAAAUGGUAUUCUAUUAUUAACAGUGCGAUUAAUCAUGUUUAAUUUUUUUAAUCGCUUAACAGCCCUAAUUUCAAAUAUUAAUAAUUCCAACAUGGCCACAUUAGGUUAAGUCACUAAUACAGACUUCCAAGUCUAAGUAGCAAGUAAUUGUCAGACUUGGAAAUAGAAGCUACAUUAUCUGACUCUUAUUCCCCUUCAAGGAGGAACGUUCUCUUUAGAUGUUUGUGUGUGUGUGUGACCUGCUGAAUUGAUAUGAAAAAGCCAGGAGAAAAUACAGCACCCCCUAGAUGAGUCAUAGACACCUUCAGUUUUUCUGUUCUUAUAUCAUGAUCCAACGGUUGGAAGUCGAAGCUAGACAAAUUAAGAUGGGAAAUCAUAAAUAAAUUAUUGACAGUGAGGGUGAUACCAGAGACUCCAUUUUAAAAUCCCUAGAUCCCUGGUUUCCAUUUUAAAUAAGCAAGAGUCAUUCCAUCAAUAGAUGGAAGCUGCAAGUCACAGAGCACUAAAUGUAGAAUUGUCAGGAAAACCAAAUUGGUGAGGAAAAAGGUGUGAAAUAACCAGUGAUUCAGCAAAUUAUACCACUAUGAGGUAAAUAACAGUGGCAGGCUAAAAAUAGAACUGACGGCACAAUAAGGUAAACAAGUAGGAUGAUGUGUCUAAAAAUAGAAUUGAGAAAUGGUAUAAAGGUCAGUGUGUCAGUUAAAAGCUGACAGUUAAGAAGAGAACACUCUCGGAAAAACAGCAGCAGAGGGAGUCUUGUCCUGUCACAGGAGUUGAGCAGAGAGCUGAGAAGAGAGAAGAACUGCUGCCAUCAAUGACCUGUGGAGACUGAUUACCCUCACAGAACAUGGCCAGCUCAGCUUCACCACUAAUUGGCAUGAAAGAUGGAGAGUUCAAAUACAAUCAUCCACAAGCCUUUGAGAGCAAGAAAAACAAUGACUCCAAGUAGUCGAAAACAAGUGGAAAUGCUGAGUAAAAUAAAGAGUAUUUCAGGACAAGAAAAGAUUCUAAACGGCUUGCAUACUGAGGUUCACCACGUUCAGUUAAAUACUGUGGACAUAAACUGCAGAAGUAAUGAUUCUGUAAAAGGAAGCUCACUAACUGAAUCAAAAACAGAUACGUUCCCUGAAAAAAGUGAAAUGUUACCUCAAAAAUUAACAGCCUCAAUACAGGGGUUCAGUGUUAAUUCAAAAGUAAAUGAAGAAGUAAAACAAUGUUCUUUUGACAAAAAUUUUGAUCAAAACUGUCAAGAAGAAUCCCAAGAGCCUCCCCAUGAGAAAUCUUGUAACACAAACUCUGAUGCAAAACAGUUUCUAAAUGCUGGGUGUUUACAAGAUAUACUGCAUAAAUGGUAUGAAAAUGAACUAAAUACACCAUCCUCCAAGCCAAUUGAAGUGCAUUUGUAUUCAAAACCAAAUAACCUACCUAUUGACCAGUUAAAAGAGAAUGCUUGUUUAGAAGAUCCAGUUAACAGUGAUUAUUGGGAUGAAAAAAGAACUAACAAGAUUAUUCCUAUUUUAGAGAAGAUAGACACAACAACAGAAAGAGAGAGUGCAAUAGAAGAGGUUAUUCCCACAUUAAAGAAGGUAGACACCAUAUCUGAUUCAAAUGAUGUGAAGCACAAAUAUAACCUUACUCAUUCAGUUUCCCCCAUACUGCCUGGGAUAGAUAGAAUAGCUGAUGUUUUAGAGAGUAAAACAUCCCAUGGAAAUGGUAGUCCAAAUACUUUACCAGAUGUGGAAGCUACUGUUAUGCUGCAGGAUACAUCACCUGAAUAUAGUAUUGACAAUGCUCAAAGGAAGAGGAUAUGUUCAGAAAGCAAGGAAGACAGUCACUGUAAACGCUUCAAAACUUCUGAUGAAAACAAAAAAGAGAAUAUUUGUACAGUGUCAGAAAAAGAGGAAAAUUUUUUGGGAAAGGUCAAACACUUGAUUCAAAAGCGUGUGGAUAUUUUAAAUAAUGACGUCUUUAACCAUAAACUGGAAAGUUUAAAUGGAAGAGUUGAUCAAACACAAUGUCGAAAAAAACAUGAAGAAAUAGCUAUUACAUUUCUAAAGAAAGUGUCUAAGCUCGAGAGACGUAUUAAUACUGUGAUAGCAUUUCAGAAGAAAAUAUUAUUGAAAAUGGUCACUAGUAAGGCAAAUCUUCCAGGUGCAAACUCGCAAAAUGCGAUACUAAAUAGAACCAAAUCUGUUCCACUGCUUCCUGAUAAUAUAAAUGGACGAUCAGUUUCUUUAGUUAAACAUGUAUCAUCAUCAUCCCAUAGACAAACUGGUUCUACUUCUGAAUGUGUUGCAGAAGAGCCUGUAAGGCAGGAGGGGAAGACCCAGAAAUUGUUCUGUACUGAUCCAAUCACAGGAGGUGAAAAUAUCAACUCUGAUGAAGUUAUACUGAUUUCUGUGGAAAGCAGAAAUUCAACAACUGUAACAACUACAAACAAUUCAGAUGUUCAAAAAAAAUUAGUUUCUACACAAGCAGAAAUUUCCACUGAAGCUCAAUCCAAAAACAAGCGUGCUGAAGAACAAAAAUGUGCAGUGAUUGAUCUAACAGAAGAAGAAAAGCACAAUUUUGAUAAAGGUGAAGGAAAAAAUAAUUUUGUUUAUAGAGAUUCUGAAAAUGAGAACUUAAAAUGUAAUAAGUGUAAGUUAAAAGAAGACCAGAAUUCUGUGUCAAACAAAAGUAAUUCAAAGACAGCAAGCCCCAAAUCAAAUUGCCUUGAGCCACCAGCACAAGCAUCAAAUCGGGUUCUUGAACAUUUUCCACAUCUUCCUCCGCUACCAAGGAUACCUCCAUACCCAGAACUCAAGGAUGGAGUCAGAGACACUGUGCCACCUCAGAAGCCUGAACUGAAACUGGCUCAGGUGCAAAAUCCAAAAGGUAUUGCACUCUCAUGGACUGUUACAGAGAUUGAUCCCAUGUGCGCUCCUGUAGAGAGCUAUCACUUGUUCAUAUACCAUGAACACUCCAAUAACAGUACUGUACCACACUGGAAGAAAAUAGGAGAAAUAAAGGCUUUGCCCCUACCAAUGGCUUGUUCUUUAUCACAAUUUACAGCCUCCAAGAAGUACUACUUUACUAUACAAUCAAAAGAUGUAUGUGGACGUUAUGGACCAUUUUGUGAUAUACAGUCAAUUACUUUAAUUUCUCUGGAAAACUCAUAAGCUACCUCAAUAACUGUUACAUGGUUGUUUCAGUUUGAAAUAUUGUAUUUUUACUUGUAAACAAUCCAGAGCCAAGGAAUGAAUUGUACUACAGACUGUAUUCGCUCAGUUCUGUUUCUUAUCUAUCAUGCCAACUAUCAGUUAUUUAUAUUCUGAGCAUUGUUCUAUACAUUUUGUAAGUUGUUUCUAAUAACUUGACACUGAGAAUUCUGUUUAUAAAACUAAUUUCAGUUCUGUGUUUAGUUUAGUUAUUUUCCUUCUCAGUCCUUCCCCUCCCAUUCCUUUCAAUGGGCAUCAUUACAUGUAGGAUGUACUUGGGACAUAAAGGAAUAAAAUUUUCUACUUGGUAA